AUGCUAGCACUGGCCAUCAGCGCCAACCGCCGUUACCUGGCUGUGUCCGAGCGCAGUGAGAAAGGCACCAUCACAGUGUACGACCUACUUGAGAAGAAGAGGAAGAGGCAUGUCCUAUUCGUGGAAGAUGCGCCUGUGCAGGAGUUUGUCUCUGUGGCCUUCUCGAGUGACUGUAACUACCUCAUUGGCCAGUCAGGACCACCGGACUGGAUCCUCUUCUAUUGGACUCUGCACAAGCCUACGGUUAUAGUCAAAGUGAAGAGCGGUGGACUCUCCUACCCCAUAAACCAGGUGAGCUUCUGCCCGGAGGACAACAAUCAGAUCUGUGUGUGUGGAAAUGGGGUGCUCAAGCUUUUCAAAAUCAUCGCGGGAGAGCUCAGACAGUCCAGCAUCAAGAAGCUGGAGAAUAUGGAGUCUCACAACUUCCUGUCGCACCAGUGGGUUUCGGCACGCCAGAUUAUUGUGGGCACAGACACUGGUCGGCUGAUGGGGUUCGAGUCCGGAGUUCUGUACUGGGAAACGAGUGUGAUGACUAAGCCUUCGAUGCUGGAUUCAGAAAGAUCACAGGAGACAAAGCAGGAAGAGGGCGUGGCUGCCCACCAGCCUCGUGUAACGACCAUUGCUACAUAUUCCAAAGGCUUCGCCUGCUCAGCUGGGCCCGGAACGGUCUGUCUGUUUGAGAGGACAGAUGAUGGAGACAGCUUCAGGAAAUCCAGGGAGAUCCGGAUCCCAUCGGACACCUGUAGUCAUGAUCCUAGCCAGGCUGAGAUGCAGGAGAUUGUCGCCCUGUGCAUUAGUCCCACAGAGACAGCCUUAUCCGUCAGCACUGACCGUGGCCAGCUCUAUAGUGCCAACCUGAUCUCUAUAGAAAUGAGCAAGGCGGGGGAGCCAGCCCAGUUUGAGUACCUUUCCCACGCCUUCCACUGGGGCACGAUCACCAGCCUGUCCAUUUGCGUUCACAAGCCACUCAUCGCCACUUCCUCUCUGGACCUUUCUGUGCGCGUCUGGAACUUCAAGACCAACACACUGGAGCUCUAUAAGGGCUUUCCUGAGGAGCCUCACAGUGUGGCACUCCACCCUUCUGGGCUGUCCAUCAUGGUGGCCUUCACCAAGAGGCUAAGCUGGAUGAACCUGCUGAUUGACAACUUCAGGAUAUUCAAGGAAUUCAGCCUCAGAGGGUGUACAGAGUGUGCUUUUAGCAAUGGAGGACACAUGUUUGCAGCCAUCAGUGGAGCCACUGUUCAUAUUUACUCCACAGCAUCAUGUGAAAACAUCAUGGACCUGGCAGACCACAAUGCAAUGUUGCGCUACGUCGUCUGGAGCGAAGACGACAGCAAGCUGGUGUCAUGCGGCACAGACGGCGUCGUGUACACAUGGGACACCCAGAGCGGCGAGCUGGAGUCGGAGUGCGCGCAUAAGUCCUGCCUGUACACAAACGUCUGCAUUUCCCCUGAUGGUGAGAGCAUCUUUGCAGUGGGGACAGACUGCACUCUCAAAGAGAUCCAAAACAGCCAGAUCAUCAUGGAAGUACCAGCCAACACUGUGACCUACACCACUCUGGCCUUGUCUCGUGAAGGGAAAGUGAUGUUCUGUGGCACGUCUGCAGGCUCUGUCACUGUCAUGAGCUGCCCACUGUCAGACCAGAAGGAACUGUUUGAGUUUAAAGGCCAUGCUGGAGCUAUCACCAGGAUGGCCGUUACAUUUGAUGACCAGUUCUUGUUGACCAUAUCAGAGGACGGCUCUCUGCUCAUCUGGAAGAUAAUCUGGAAUAGGUACGGUCUGAUGAGGGACAAAAAGAUGUGCUACCUGGAGGAGAUCCUUAUCACCAAGUCUGACCUGGAGGAUAAGAACUGCAGCAUGCUGGAACUGAAUGCAAGGGUGCAAGUGCUGAACACAGAGAAGCAGUACCAGCUACGACUGAUGGAGAUGGAGCACAAGCGUCAUUUCAAAAAGAUGACCGAUGAGUUCACUCAGCAGAUAGAGGCCCUGGAGCAAAAGAACAACAUUCUUAAGGAAGAAAAGCAUAAGUUGGCGCUGGAACAUGACAAGUUAUUGAAAGAAGUGGGGGAAGAGCAUGCAAGAGUGAUCCAGGAUUUAAACUCUACCAUGCAGCGGAAGCUGGGGCAGGAGUACGAGACCUCGCACGUGCUGCAGCUCCAGUCACAGAAAGAGCUGGAAGAGUGCAAGCUGCAGCUGCAGAGCACCGAGGACAGCCACAGGCGAGUGAUGGAGCAGGUGACCGGGUCCUAUGAGUCCACGCUGCAGGAGAACCUGCUCCAGCUUCGGCAGUGCAAACACAACUCACAGCAGCAGAGGAUGGAGUAUGAGCUUAUGAUAAAGAUGAUAGAGCAGGACGCCGACAAAGAGAUCCUGGACAUACGCUGCAAGUACGAGACAAGGUUAAAAGAGGAGAGGGAAAUAAGCACCCAGUACAAGGACGAAGCUGGCAUCAUGAGGAAAAAGUUCAAUUGCCUGCAGAAAGAGAUUAGUGACAAAAACAAGGAGAUUGAGAGACUUAAGGCAGAAGUGAAGAAGCGCUUGAAUGUGAUCAGCAAUCUGGAGAAAGAUAUCUUGGGUCUGGAAAAAGAAAUCGUUUGGAGAAAUGAAAACAUUGAGGAAAAGGAAAUUCACAUUUCUGAAAUGAGGAAGAGGAACAUUGACCUGGAAAAACUGAAAUACAUUCUGGACCACCGGGUCAAAGAACUGACAACACAGAUUGAGCCCAAAGAGAAAAUAAUCAAAGAGAUGAAGGAACAGAUCCAGCAGAUGGAGGGGGAACUGGCUGUGUUCAGCAAGCAGAGUUCCCAGUUGGAGAUAAACAUCGCAGAGCUCAAACUGAAGCUGAAUGCCACAGAUAAGGAUAUGCGGCAAGCAAUGGAGAAGGCAUGCGAUAUGAGUACCGUGGUGAAAAGAUUCAAGGCUGACCUUCUUAGCUGUGUGGACUUCAUACAGGACCCCAAGAAGCUGAAAGAAAGUGUACUUGAGCUGCAGGGUCGUUACAUAGAGCAGUCUGAUGAGGACGUCCUACGCCAAGACCUUGGCAAGCUGAAAGAUGGGCGUGAACGGGAUGAAGUUGGCAGGAAAGUGGUGAUGUCCCUCCGGAGGAAACUGGCAAAGGAGAUGGAGUCCCACUGCACUGACAAAUUCAAAUGGAUGCAGGAUGAUUCCACCUUGAUCAAAGAGCUUAAUGAUUUAAGAAGGGAGCUGAAGGUCUCUCAAGAAACAGUCCAUGAUUAUGAGAACCAGUUGUCAGUAUACAGGAGGACAAAGUCAUACAAUUCCUUUGCGACCACGCUCUCCCCUGAGGAGGAGGCUCAGAGGAUCAUUCGGCUGCAGCGGGCUGAGAUCAAGUGGCUCCGCCAACAGAUCCUGGACCAAACAGGGAAGUGCCCACUAAGACCUCCCCACAGCACCAACCUGCGCCCCCUCUCCAAUUAA